GCCGCGCCCGCUCCUCUGCCCGCCGCCGAGGCCCCGCAGCCCCGCGCCGCCGCCUGGACCCGGCCGGGCCUCUCCGCGGGAUCCCGGCCCCUCCUCGAGCGCCGCCUUCCGCCGCGGGCGCCGCCAUGGCCUCGCUGGGGGACCUGGUGCGCGCGUGGCACCUGGGCGCGCAGGCCGUGGAGCGCGGGGACUGGGCCCGCGCCCUGCGCCUCUUCUCGGGCGUCCCGGCGCCGCCCGCCAGGCUGUGCUUCAACGCGGGCUGCGUGCACCUGCUGGCCGGGGACGCCGAGGCCGCGCUGCGGGCAUUUGACCAAGCAGUGACCAAGGACACCUGCAUGGCCGUUGGCUUCUUCCAGCGAGGAGUGGCCAACUUCCAGCUGGGGAGGUUCCAGGAAGCCCUGUCUGACUUCCAGCUGGCCCUGGUACAGCUGAGGGGCCACGCUGCCAUCGACUACACACAGCUGGGCCUGCGGUUCAAGCUGCAGGCCUGGGAGGUGCUAUACAAUGUGGCAUCAGCACAGUGCCAACUGGGGCUGUGGACAGAGGCGGCCAGCAGCCUAAGGGGGGCCAUGUCCAACUGGCCGGAGGGGUCCCUGAAUGGCCUGGAGUCGGCUCUGGACCAAGUGCAGAGACAAAGCUUGCUGCCACUGAGGCAGGUCCCCAGGGGCGAGGUCUUCCGGCCCCACCGGCGGCACUUGGACCAUCUGGAGCCCAUGGAUUUCCUGGGCAAGGCCAAGGUGGUGUCCUCUGCCGUCCCUGACGACCAGCGCUGGGCCGUCCGCCCGCAGCAGCCGCAGGCUGGUGCUUUGUGUCCACAGGGAGCGGGAAUGAACCAUGAUGCCAGGGACUCCGCAAGAGCUGGCACCCAGCAGGGUGCCCUCCAUGCACAGACAGAGGUCAGUGCUGACAGCUGCACGUUGGCUGCACACCGAGAGCAGCGGGCCCAGAUGGAGCAAGAUGGCAGACCGACUCCUCUGUCCCCAGGGCUGCCGGCAAUGGGGGUGCCUGGCCCCAGCCCCUCUGAGGACCCAGCAGCUGCUGGUGAAGCAGGUUUGGGAUGCGCUGAGCCGCUGGUGACUGUCACUGUGCAGUGCGCCUUCACCGUGGCCCUGACGGCACGAAGAGGAGCCGACCUGUCCAGCCUGCGGGCACUGCUGAGCCAGGCCCUCCCUCGCCAGGCCCAGCUGGGACAACUCAGGCCCCACCCACGCAGCUCCUCUGAGGAAUCUCUUUGCAGUUACCAAGCCCCAGGUGAGGAUGACCGCUGGGUCCCCAUCGCCGGGGAGGAGUCACUGCAGAGGGCCUGGCUGGACGCGGCUGCCAGCCCCCGGGGGCUGCAGCUGCAGUGCAGGGUGAGGGAGCCGGGGGCCGGCCAGUCCUCUACCAGGUGGUGGCCCAGCAUGGCUAUUCAGCUCAGGGGCCAGAGGAUCUGGACUUCAGACAGGGGGCCACGGUGGACGUCCUGUGUGAAGUGGACCAGGCAUGGCUGGAAGGCCACUGUGACGGCCGCGUCGGCAUCUUCCCCAAGUGCUUCGUGGUUCCCACUCACCCUUGAAUGUCGGGAGCCCCCGGCCGCCUGCCCUGGUCCCAGCAGGGAGAUCAGCCCUAGCAAUGCUGUGUCCACGAUGGUUUUAAUAAAAGCAACACCCCACUGCGGUCCAACCCUCCAAAGGCGUGUGGGAGGCCAGCCUGGCCCAGGAGAAGACCCUGGGCCUAUCUGCUCAGACAACAGCAAGGAGAGCAGGGUCCAGGCGGGGCGGCUCCCUCCCCUCUGCCCCAGCUGCCCCUCCUGAGGCCCCUGCAGCCACACAGCCUGGAGG